AUGCUGCUGGGGCUCAUGCUGUUGAUGUGCGCGCCGCCCUGCGAACUAACUGCCCUGCUCCUGACCGCCACGCCCUCUCGGCCCGUGGAGGGAGGCUCAGUGACCCUGACCUGCAACGUUCUGGUCCCUUCACGGAGGCUGGACGGCUCCCUGCAGUUCCGCUUCUUCAGAGACAGCCGGGUCCUGUGGCCGGGCUGGAGCAGCUCCCCGGAGCUCCAGCUCCCCAAGGUGUGGAGGGAAGACUCAGGAUCCUACUGGUGCGAAGAAAAGACCAUGGCAGCCAGAGUCGCUCGGAGCCCGAGGGUCCAGAUACAGGUGCAGAGAGUCCCCGUCUGUAAUGUGAGCUUGGAGACGCAGCCUCCCGGCGGGCAAGUGCAGAAGGGAGAGAGGCUGGCUCUCGUCUGCAUGGUGGCCAGGGGCACAGGAGACAUCACCUUCCUCUGGUACAAAGGGGCCCUGGGUUUGAACCUGGAAACAAAGACCCAGCGCUCUCUGGCAGCGAAGUUUGAGAUCCCGGCGGUGAGGGACAGCGACACGGACAAAUACUACUGUGCGGCCGACAACGGCUACGGCCCCAGCCUCAGCGAGCUGGUGAGCGUCACCGUCAGAAUUCCAGUGUCCCGCCCCGUCCUCACCAUCAGGGGGCCCGGGGCCCCGGCCGAAGUGGGGGACGUGGUCGAGCUUCGCUGCGAGGCCCAGAGGGGCUCUCCCCCCAUCCUGUACCGGUUUUAUCGCGAGAAUGUCACCCUGGGGAGGAGCUCAGCUCACGCUGGAGGAGGAGCGUCCUUCAACCUCUCUCUGACCGCAGAACAUUCUGGAAACUACUCCUGCGAGGCCGACAACGGGCUGGGGGCCCGGCGCAGCGCAGCGGUGCCACUCAACGUCACAGUGCCCACGGAGGACAGGAAGGAACUUCUCGCCUCGGGAAUCCUCGAGGGGAUGCUUGGCGUCCUUGGUCCCGUCAUUCUGGCCUUAUUCUGCUGUGGGCUCCGGAAAAGACUAGGAAGACGUCCCUCCGGGAACCCACGCGGGAGCCCUCCGAGCCCUGUGCCGCCAGCAUCCGGCUACGUCAACUCACCCGCCCCGCUGCAGGGACAGUCUGUGUACGAAAACGCGAAUGUUGUACGCGGGGACGAGGUUUACUCUUUGGUGUACCACACGCAGCAGGAACGGCCACCAGCAGUACCGCCCCCGAGGACACGCGUCGAGGACCAGGUGAGUCAGAAUCCCCAUCGUAUUUUCCCUCCUGCUCGUCUCUCUUUCUUCUGCCGACGGGAUGCCUCAGCCAUCUAUUUUAGGCUGAAGAAGGCAAACGUUACAGAUGAGGACUAUGAUGACGCUAUACUCCAGCGGGUGGCCAAAGGGACAUCUCUUCUCGGAGAGCUGACCCGGGUCCUCAUGCUGCUGUGGUCACUGCUGGUCAUCUUCCCCCUCACCCUUUCUCUUGCAGACUGGCUGACCCUCGUGGCUCCCUCUGCUGUCUUUGAAGGGGACAGAAUAGAUCUGACAUGUCAGAGGAAAAAUGACUGGUGGAAAGUCACGAGGGCGUCAUAUCACAAGGACGGAGAAGAGUUACAGGUUUCAAGCGAACUCUCCAACUUUUCUAUCCAAAGAGCAGUUUUGAGUGACAGUGGCACUUAUCACUGUGCUGUUGCUCUCGUUUGGCCUCUCUUUCCUUUCCAAAAGGAAAAAACCUCAAGAAGUGUAAGGAUUGAAGUUCAAGAGCUAUUUCCACGCCCUGUGCUCACAGUCAGCCCCUUCCGGGCCAUCGAGGGGAACCCAGUGACGCUGACCUGUGAGACCAAGCUUUCUCCACAGAGGUCAGAUGCCCAGCUCCGAUUUUGCUUCUUCAGAGAUGGUAGAGCCCUGGGGUCCGGCUGGAGCAGCUCCCCAGAGCUCAGGGUCCCUGCCAUGUGGAGCGGAGACUCAGGGUCCUACUGGUGCGAGGCAGAGACAGUGACUCCCAGCGUCAGAAAACAGAGCCUCCAGUCGCAGAUUCACGUGCGGGGAGUGCCUGUCUCUAACGUAAGCUUAGAGAUGUGGGCCCCCAGGGGCCAGGUGAUCGAAGGGAGGAACCUGGUCCUGCUCUGCUCGGUGACCGAAGGCACAGGAAACAUCACAUUUUCCUGGCACAGAGAGGCCACAGGAACCAGCGUGGGGAAGAAGACCCAGCGUUCCCUGUCGGUGGAGCUGGAGGUUCCAGCUGUGCAGGAGCGCGAUGCUGGCCGUUAUUACUGCAGAGCGGACAACGGCCAUGGCCCCAUCCAGAGCAAGGUGCUGAGUAUCCUUGUGAGAAUCCCAGUGUCCUGCCCAAUCCUAUCCAUCACAGCACCCAGAGCCCAGGCCGUGGAGGGGGACGUGGUACAGCUUCGCUGCGAGGCCCAGAGGGGCUCUCCCCCCAUCCUGUACCGGUUUUAUUACGAGGACGUCCCCCUGGGGAACAGCUCAGCCCCCUCUGGAGGAGGAGCGUCCUUCAACCUGUCUCUGACCGCAGAACAUUCUGGAAACUACUCCUGCGAGGCCGACAAUGGUCUCGGGGCCCGGCGCAGCGAGGUGGUGCCACUCAGCCUCUCAGUUCCAGUCUCACCUCCAGUCCUCACCAUCAGGAGGCCCAGAUCCCAGGCCGUGGAGGGGGACGUGGUGGAGCUUCACUGCGAGGCCCAGAGGGGCUCUCCCCCCAUCCUGUACCGGUUUUAUCAUGAGGAGGUCCCCCUGGGGAGCAGCUCGGCCCCCUCUGGAGGAGAAGCAUCCCUCAACCUCUCUCUGACUGCAGAACAUUCUGGAAACUACUCCUGCGAGGCCAACAACAGCCUGGGAGUUCAGCGCAGUAAGAUGGUGUCCCUCAGCAUCACAGUUCCAGUGUCUCACCCUGUCCUCACCCUCAACCCUGAUGUGGCCCAGGCUAUGGUGGGAGAUGUGUUAGAACUUCGCUGUGAGACCCAGAGGGGUUCUCCCCCGAUCUUAUACUGGUUUUAUCAUGAGAAUGUCAUCCUGGGGAACACCUCAGCCCCCUUUGGAGGGGGAGCAUCUUUUAACCUCUCUCUGACCACAGAACAUUCUGGAAACUACUCCUGUGGGGCUGACAAUGGCCUGGGGGCUCAGAGCAGCGAGAUGGUGUCACUUAACAUCACAGUCCCAGAGUCCCGCCCCGUCCUCACCUUCAGGGCACCCGGGGCCCAGGCCGUGGAGGGCGACGUGGUGGAGCUUUGCUGUGGGGCCCAGAGGGGCUCUUCCCCCUUCCUGUCCCAGUUUUAUCACAAGGACGUCCCCCUGGGGAACAGCUCGGCCCCCUCUGGAGGAGGAGCGUCCCUCAACCUCUCUCUGACCGCAGAACAUUCUGGAGACUACUCCUGCGAGGCCGACAACGGCCUGGGGGUCCGGCACAGCAAGGUGGCGCCCUCAGUGCUGUAG